CGCACAGAGCAUGCACCAAAGGACCGUAACAUCGCCGAGACAGACCCCAAGCGUUUCGCAGACCUGCUCAUGGAGAAGCUGAGCAAAGUGUUAGAGGAGAGGGAGGCUGAUGCGAAGGUGGAGGAGAAGCUCCGCAGUAUCAAUGUGGUGGACAAGUCCCAGUCAGAGGAGGAGAAGCUGGUCACGUCGUUUGCCAAACACAACACCUCCGCCUCCUUCAUGCCGCUCAAGCUCACCAUGGAGGAGGAGACGGCCGAGAGCAUCCUGGACCAGCACUGCUCGCGCAUCUGGGCCUCGUCCUCCCACCACACGCCCUCCUACUCCCCGCCCGGCCGACAGUCCCCGCCUCACGGCAAGUCCCCCGAGCGACACAAGGACCCCCGCAGCCGAGCCAAAGGGAUGUCUUCUUCCUCGGGAUCCAACGCCACGCCUGUACCCGCUCCGGGCGGCAGCGGCUCUCUAGGGGGAAGUGCGGGCGGCGGAGGAGGGGGGCAGCCCAAUCUGGGCGGCCGCGGCUACCACCACCACCAUCACAAAAAGCGGGACUUUGGUUCGGCCGCCCUGUCUUCGUGUGACAGCGGACUGCCUGACGACCGCGGCAACCUCAUUUCGUGUGGCACGGAGACCCAUCGGCACAUCCACCACCACCACCACCACCACCACUCGUCCCGCGACUCUGCCGCAAAGAAGUCGCUGGUGGAGAUGGAGGCUCAGACCUCUUGCGGCUUGAGCGCCUGGCGCGCGGAGAACCCUCAGGCUUUCGUAGACUUUCCCCCUCCCUCUGGCGAGCACCCCCGCGGUCGGAUAUCCGCGCGGAAGGCCACCGCUAGCGGGCUGCGUAAAGGUUCGGAGACCAGCAGUAACAUAGACAGUGGCGUGAGCGGCAUGUACAACAGGGAGCCGCUCCGAGUGCCGCCCAAUUGGAAUAACCCCACCGGCGAGAAUUCCCGCUCCAAGAUCUCCACCAGAUCGACGUCGGUGGAGCGAGGCGGGGCCAUGCUGUCGGCGUGGGGCGGCACCCCGGCCCCCAUCCUGCCCAGCCAGCCCUUCGUGCAGGACUCGUCCAUGCCUCUGCCCACCCCUCCCAACCCCACCACCCAGCUGGAGGAGGCAAAGAGGAGGCUGGAGACGCAGUCUCGCACCACCCCGGCCGCCACCGCCUCCCCCGUCAAGUCCAAAUCGUUCACAGGGAGUUUGUCCAAAGAGAAGAGUCGCCCACCGCCCGGCGCCCCACCCGUGGUUGUCCCCCCUCACACACGCACGCUGCCCGCCGCCCGCAACCUGCCCUCAGAGCUAGACACGUCCGGCACCAGCCAAACGCUAGACUCUCGGCUCGGUCGGCGCGCACACACAAGCGCCCCUUCCUCCCUCCAGCCCAGCCCGAGCGACACCAUCAUCGGCAUCUACAUGGGACAGGAACCCAUACCCUACAGGCACCAGCUGCCAGGACGCGCCAUCACACUUGCCCAGAUCAAAACCCUGGUCACCAAACGGGGUCCUUUCAA